AUGAGCAUCGUAGAUGUCGUCACCAUCGCAGUCCUGGGCGUGACAGGUGCCGGGAAAAGUACAUUCGUCCAGCGAGUGACCCAGGACCCCAGCAUUGUCAUCGGCCACAGCCUCCGCGCCGAGACCCGGACAACAGCAAGCUACAAGUUCGAGCACAACGGCAUAAGGUACGAAAUCGUCGACUGUCCGGGCUUCAACGACACGGUGCGCCCGGACUCGGAGAUCCUCGAGGACAUCGUUGCGUGGCUGCACAAAGCCCACGGCGAGGGCAAGCUGCUUUCGGCAGUCAUCUACCUGCACCGCAUCAGCGACACUCGGGUCCAGGGCACCACCAUGACUCAGUUCCGGGUUCUCCAAGAGCUCUGCGGAGACGAGUUCUACCGUAAUCUGAUCCUGGGGACAACCUUCUGGAGCAGGGUGUCAGAGGAGGUGGGCAGAGAUCGAGAAGCGAAUCUUCUAGAAGUCAAGAACUUCUUCGGCGAAAUGAAAGACGAGGGGGCCAGGUACAUGCGGAUUCCCGAUGACCGGGAGGGAUGCCUUGCAAUCCUCGAAAACGUCUCCUCCAACCAACGGCGGCAGCUCAAGGCCCAGAAAGAGCGGGCCGAAGGAAAGAGCUUCAAAGAUACCGCGGCU